AACGGAGCGUGGUGGACUUCAUCCCAGGAGCCGAAGGCUGAUCAACAUCCGGGACACCGGGACCGGGAGUCAGUUCAUGUGUAUAUACACACGCACAGUAGCGACAGACUGUACGGGCGGAGAGCGCGACGCAGCAGUGAAAUGGAUGAUGGGAAGCCGGUGUGGGCGCCCCACCCUACAGAGGGGUUUCAGCUGGGCAGGAUUGCAGACAUCAGUACCAACAGUCUGACCAUUGAACCUCUCAACCAGAGAGGAAAGGCGUUUCAAGCUCCUGUCAGUCAAGUGUUCCCCGCUGAGGAUGAUGUCACCAAACACGUGGAGGAUAACUGCUCAUUGAUGUAUUUAAAUGAAGCCACGCUUCUGAAUAACGUCCGCGUGCGCUACAGUAAAGAUAAGAUAUAUACAUUUGUUGCUAACAUCCUGAUCGCUGUCAAUCCAUAUUAUGAGAUUCCUAAACUGUAUUCUCCAGAGGCUAUUAAACAGUACCGGGGCCGGUCACUGGGCACUCUUCCACCUCACGUCUAUGCAAUUGCGGAUAAAGCCUAUCGUGACAUGAAAGUGUUGAAGAUGAGUCAGUCCAUCAUCGUGUCUGGAGAAUCAGGAGCAGGAAAAACUGAAAAUACAAAGUUUGUUCUCAGGUAUUUAACAACAUCUUAUGGUACAGGUCAAGACAUCGAUGAGAGGAUAGUUGAAGCAAACCCGCUGCUGGAGGCAUUCGGGAACGCCAAAACCGUCCGAAAUAACAACAGUAGUCGCUUUGGGAAGUUUGUGGAGAUUCACUUUAAUCAAAAGAAUGCAGUGGUCGGAGGUUUUGUGUCUCAUUACCUGUUGGAGAAGUCGCGUAUCUGCACGCAGGGUCAGGAGGAGAGAAACUAUCACAUCUUCUACAGACUUUGUGCUGGAGCGUCUGAAGAAAUCCAACAGAAGUUUCAUCUCAGCUCUCCAAACGCUUUCAGGUAUCUAAAUCGAGGAUGCACACGUUAUUUUUCUACGAAGGAUUCAGACAAGCGGAUUCCUCAAAACUGCAAGAGUCCAGAGCAUCUGAAGGCCGGCUCAUUGAAGGAUCCUCUGCUGGACGACCACGCAGACUUCAACAGAAUGUGUGAAGCCAUGAAGAAGAUCGGUCUGGACGACACGGAGAAACUGAAUCUGUUCAGGGUGGUGGCUGGAGUUUUACAUCUCGGGAACAUUGAUUUUGAGGAGGCCGGCAGCACUUCAGGUGGCUGUAACCUAAAGAAGGCAUGCAGUCAGUCUCUGGAGUUCUGUGCUGAGCUCUUGGGUCUGGAUGAAGAAGACCUGAGGGUCAGUCUGACCACCAGAGUCAUGCAGACAGCAGGGGGCGCUAAAGGCAAGGCCAUCAAGGUUCCUCUGAAGGUGGAGCAGGCCAGCAGCGCUCGUGACGCUCUGGCUAAAGCCAUCUACAGUCGACUCUUUGAUCAUGUGGUCACCAGAAUCAACCAGUGCUUCCCAUUCGACUCGUCGGCUAACUUCAUAGGCGUACUGGACAUCGCUGGAUUCGAGUAUUUUGAACACAACAGCUUUGAGCAGUUCUGCAUUAACUACUGCAAUGAGAAACUCCAGCAGUUCUUCAAUGAGCGCAUUCUCAAAGAGGAGCAGGAGUUGUAUCAGAGAGAAGGUCUGGGAGUGAAUGAAGUGCAUUACGUGGAUAAUCAGGACUGUAUCGAUCUUGUCGAGUCUAAACUUGUUGGCAUCUUGGAUAUUUUGGAUGAAGAGAACCGGCUACCUCAACCCAGCGACCAGCACUUCACUGACACUGUACACAACAAACACAAGGAUCAUUUCCGCUUGACCGUUCCCAGAAAGUCCAAGCUGACGGUUCACAGAAACGUCAGAGAUGACGAGGGUUUUAUUAUAAGACACUUUGCUGGAGCCGUCUGCUAUGAGACGACUCAGUUUGUUGAGAAGAAUAAUGAUGCUCUUCACACGUCACUGGCGUGUCUGGUGAGCGAGUCGAAGGAUAAAUUCAUCGGUGAACUCUUUGAGAACUCAAACCACUCGAAAGACACCAGACAGAAAGCCGGAAAGUUGAGCUUCAUCAGCGUCGGCAACAAGUUCAAGACACAGUUGAAUAUUCUUCUGGACAAACUGCGCAGUACCGGUUCAAGUUUUAUCCGCUGUGUAAAGCCCAAUCUGAAGAUGAUCAGUCAUCAGUUUGAGGGGGCGCAUAUUCUCUCACAACUCCAGUGCUCAGGGAUGGUGUCAGUGUUGGAUCUGAUGCAGGGUGGAUUCCCCUCGCGAGCGCCCUUCCAUGAGCUCUACAACAUGUACAAGGAGUACAUGCCCUCCAAACUCACCCGUCUGGACCCGCGGCUCUUCUGUAAGGCUCUAUUCAAAGCUCUCGGCCUGAACGAAAAGGAUUAUAAAUUUGGUUUGACCAAAGUUUUCUUCAGACCUGGAAAGUUCGCAGAGUUUGAUCAGAUCAUGAAGUCUGAUCCGGAUCAUCUGGCUGAACUGGUCAAGCGUGUGAAUAAAUGGCUCAUCUGCAGUCGCUGGAAGAAAGUCCAGUGGUGUGCGCUCUCUGUUAUCAAAUUGAAGAAUAAGAUGUUGUGUCGAAGCCGAGCGUGUGUCCAGAUGCAGAAGACCGUCCGCAUGUGGCUGUGCAAGAGAAAACACAAACCACGUAUUGAAGGUCUGGUGAAGGCUCGGAACCUGAAGAAGAGGAUGGAGAAGUUGAAUGAAGUGGUGUCUGGAUUAAAGGAGGGCAAACAGGAGAUGAGCAAACACAUGCAGGAUCUCGAUACCUCUAUUGACAGACACAUACUCAAGCUAAAGACCAGCGUCAUGAGCCGCUUGGACAUCGAUCAUGAGCAUCAGGCUCUGGUGACGAGAUCUCAGGAGCUGCUCAACACCAUGCAGAAGAAGAAACAGGAGGAGGAGGAGAUGGAGCGUCUGAAACACAUCCAAGAGGAGAUGGAGAAAGAGAAGAAGAGACGCGAGGAGGAGGAACAGAGACGCAAACAAGAGGAGGAGGAAAGACGUCUGAAAGCAGGGAUGGAGCUGAAGAGGAAACAGGAAGAGGAAGAGCGUAAGAAACGUGAGGAAGAAGAAAAGAGACUGCAGGAGGAGAUGGAGCAGCAGCUGGAGGCGGAGCGAGAGCAGGACACGGCCCGUCAGGUGGUGCUGGAGCAGGAGCGUCGGGACCGAGAGCUCGCCCUGCGGAUCGCUCAGAGUGAGGCGGAGCUGAUCCCAGAAGAGUCGCCCGUGGACGCUGGACCGCGCAGCGUUGCACCACCACAAAACCUCAAGAGCUUGACCAUGGAAGAAAUGGCGCAGGAAAUGUCUGAUCUUCUGGCUCGAGCGCCACAGGUGACGGCCACAAACACUGCAGCCGAUGUCAAGAAAUAUGAACUCAGCAAGUGGAAAUAUGCCGAGUUACGAGAUGCCAUCAAUACGUCCUGCGAUAUCGAGCUGUUGGCUGCGUGUCGCGAGGAGUUUCACCGCAGAUUGAAGGUUUAUCACGCGUGGAAGUCAAAGAACAAGAAACGCAAUGCUCAGGAUGACCAGCGAGCGCCGAAGGCCGUCACAGAGUACGUUGAUAUCAAAGGCUUCAGAGCACAACAGAACCCGGUUCAGGCCGCCUUGCCUCGACAGCAAGAAAUUGUGCUGAACAGACAGCAGCGCUUCUUCCGUAUUCCCUUCGUCCGACCCGGAGAUCAGUUCAAAGACCCUCAGAACACAAAGAAAGGCUGGUGGUACGCUCACUUCGACGGACCCUGGAUAGCUCGACAGAUGGAGCUUCACCCGGAUAAACAUCCCAUUCUGCUGGUGGCAGGUAAAGAUGAUAUGGAGAUGUGCGAGUUGAGUUUGGACGAGACGGGUUUGACACGGAAGCGCGGCGCUGAGAUUCUGCCCCGCCAGUAUGAGGAGAUCUGGGAGCGCUGCGGAGGAAUUCAGUACCUCAGAAACGCCAUCGAGAGCAGACAAGCCCGACCCACAUACGCCACUGCCAUGCUGCAGAGCCUGCUGAAAUAAAUAAACAAACACACACAAUAAAUCAAACCGACUAAACAAUAAACACACACACAAUAAAUCAAACAAAAUGAACAAUAAACACACACAA